AUGAAUCAUAAAACAAAGAUCGACAUGGAAAAAACUGGUGACGACCAAAGUCUUGAUAUACUUCAAUGCUCUGAAAUUACCGCAGCCGUCGUCGUUCUUCUAAAUUCGCAUCGAAAUAAAAAACAACACAAAUUAACAUCAGAUGCCAGAAAAAAGAGGAAGUCGAUGAAACCGCAAAACUAA